AAUCAAUUCGAAUUAAAUUAAUCCAAUUGAGCAAAAACGCCACAAUUAAGCUUGCAACGGAUCAGCACUUAUGUAAUUUUAGAAUGCGAUUUCCAUGUGCGAAAUGCCGACGAGACUAACGAUUAAGAAAAAAACGCUGAGUACGCGUAAAAGCUUGAAAAGCUUAUUUCAGUUAGCGAGUGCAUGUCGCAAUUUGUUUAUAAACAAUUGCUUUAGUUCGCUGAAAGUCGUUACCAAAGGAGCGUCAUGUGGUCACGCAGCAGCAGUUCCAAAAGGCAAGUGGCCACCACCGAUGGUGACACCGAAAGGGUUUUGGCGCAGGUCCAGGAUCUCAGCGACUGGCUCGUCGCCAAUCCGCAGAUCAACGGUUGCAACACAUUCGAGAACCUGCACUUCUUCCUCCGCACCUCCAAGUUCGAUGUAGAGCGGACCAAGAAGAAACUGAAGACGUUCUACCAAAUGCGGGCGGAGCGCACCGAAUGGUUCGAUAAUCGCAAUCCCCAGUUGCCCGAAAUCCAGGAGCUACUAAAGCUGGGCGUCUUCCUACCCAUCGGUCCGGAUGCCGAACAAAGGAUGGUGGUGGUCAUACGCACAGCAGCCCACGAUCCCAAGCUCCACAGCCAAAAUAAUGUUUUUAAGACCAGCAAAAUGAUAUUAGACCUGCUGCUAAAGCUCGAUCCGGAGACUUGUGCCCGCGGAAUGGUGGCUAUUUUGGAUAUGCAGGGCGUUCAACUGGGGCAUGCGCUCCAAAUGAAUCCGAAACUUAUUAAGAGAUCCGUGGAGAGCUGGACCGCCUAUCCAUGUCAGCCCAAGUUAUUGGAGUUUACCAACGCCCCGCGCCAUGUGAACUUCUUUUUGAAUACCUUUAGAAUAUUCAUGACGCCCAAGAUAAGAUCGCGACUUUUCGUGCGUCGUGAGGGAACAUCCGUGUGCUGUGAUCAAUUGCCCAAGGAACUCGGUGGUCAAGGACUAAGCUAUACGGAGCUGUCGGUGAAGUGGAAAAAGUUGGUGGAGGAGAAUGCCGAUUUCUAUGUGGAACAAGACAAAUACAAAAGCCAGCUCAAGUGAUUGGGGUUAGUGUGGCGACAGUGAUAAGAAGGCGAUUAGCCGAAUGUUAUAGAUUAGUCGAAAACAUUUAGAAUGCGCAAAUGCACAAAGGCGCAUAUCAGUUGUCAUAUUUUAUGGAAGGGUAUUACAAGUACUCCCUAAUUCCCCACUGAACCACAUUUUUAUAUUAUAAGGCUAUUAUUUUCAUUGUAUUAUUCAUUAUUACUUUUUUUUUUGCCAAAUAAAGUGUCAAUGCACGAUAAACCAAAAAAGAGUGGAC